GCUCAGGGCACUUCGCCGCCGGCCGCCGAGCACCGGAGUUGCUUGUAGCCGCCCAGCGCCGAGGACAGGAAGAUGCCACCCAAGCGCAUAGCUAAGAGAAGGUCACCCCCAGAAGAUGCUCUCCCCAAAAGCAAGAAGGUGAAAGGCCCUCGUAACCGCGGUCCUGCCACCCGCUCCUGCCAAGUCUCACACAGGUCCCACAACACAGAACCAGGCUUGGUGUUGACACUGGGCCAGGGCGACGUGGGCCAGCUGGGGCUGGGUGAGAGUGUGCUGGAGAGGAAGAGGCCGACCUUGGUACCCCUUCUACAAGAUGUUGUGCAGGCUGAGGCGGGGGGCAUGCACACUGUGUGCCUGAGCCAAAGUGGCCAGGUCUACUCCUUCGGCUGCAAUGAUGAGGGUGCCCUGGGAAGGGACACAUCAGUCGAGGGCUCAGAAAUGGUCCCUGGGAAAGUGGAACUGCAAGAGAAGGUGAUACAAGUGUCCGCAGGAGACAGUCACACAGCAGCCCUCACUGAAGAUGGUCGUGUCUUCCUGUGGGGCUCUUUUCGGGACAAUAAUGGUGUGAUUGGGUUGUUGGAGCCAAUGAAGAAGAGCAUGGUGCCUGUUCAAGUGCAGCUGGACAUGCCUGUAGUAAAGGUGGCCUCAGGGAACGACCACUUGGUGAUGCUGACGGUUGAUGGAGACCUCUAUACUUUGGGUUGUGGAGAGCAGGGUCAGCUGGGCCGUGUCCCGGAGUUAUUUGCCAAUCGAGGUGGCCGUCGGGGCCUUGAGCGACUCCUGGUCCCCAAAUGUGUGCUGCUGAAAUCCAGGGAAAGCCGGGGCCGCGUGCGUUUCCAGGAUGCCUUCUGUGGCGCCUAUUUCACUUUCGCUAUCUCUCGUGAGGGCCAUGUGUAUGGCUUUGGCCUCUCCAACUAUCACCAGCUCGGAACUCCAGGCACUGCAUCUUGCUUCGUUCCUCAGAACUUGACAUCCUUCAAGAAUUCCACCAAGUCCUGGGUGGGCUUCUCUGGGGGCCAGCACCAUACAAUCUGCAUGGAUUCAGAAGGAAAAGCAUACAGCCUGGGCCGGGCUGAGUAUGGGCGGCUGGGCCUUGGCGAGGGAGCUGAGGAGAAGAGCAUACCCACCCUCAUUUCCAGGCUACCCGUCAUCUCCUCAGUGGCCUGUGGGGCCUCUGUGGGGUAUGCCGUGUCCAAGGAUGGUCGUGUUUUUGCCUGGGGCAUGGGCACCAACUACCAGCUGGGCACUGGGCAGGAUGAAGAUGCCUGGAGCCCUGUGGAAAUGACUGGCAAACAGUUAGAGAACCGUGUAGUCUUGACUGUGUCCAGCGGGGGCCAGCACACUGUCUUACUGGUUAAGGACAAGGAACAGAGCUGAUGACGUCUUCAUGGGCCUGGUUUCUGGCCCCCAACCCAGCUUCACAGAACAGGAAAAGAGCCAGCUACAGAUUGCAGAAGGCCCCUCCCCAGCCCUGAGCAGCUGUCAUCUCCUGUUGUUGCCCAUCACCACAGCAGAAUCCUUUUCUUCUGUUUCGUCCUCUUUUCUAGAAUCAUCUUGGUACUUACAGGAUGCAGGGGGAUGGGAAGGGAGUCUCAGAAAGAUCUUUGCUUACCCUAGACUUAUGUCAUUAGACCUUUCCUCCCUUCACUACCCUGCCUCCUGUGGUCCUAGCUGGCCCUGGCUCAUUGCCUACAAAACUCAAAACUUCCUGCCCUGAGGUUUUGGUGUCUGCGCUCUGAAAAGUUGGGGCUCCAUCAAGCCCUACUUCCCAUGUGCCAUUCUUUCUGCUCCUAAUAGUAAUUUACCAGGAGACAGAUGGUAUAGUCAUUAGAUGCAUUUUUCGUGGACCCAUGCCUGGGCAGAUCUGAACAAAGGCUUUACAAGGCUCUGGGUGACUAAGCCAAAUAUUUGGCUCUAAACAGGUGUCCAUGGGCAAAAACAGUGACCCACUUGAAAAGAGCCAACUAGCUGUUCUCUGAAAAGCACAAAGCGCCCUGCUGUCCCUUGGGUGCCACCUGUGCAUCCCCAUCCAGUCAGCCUUUCUGCCACAGAGGACUGGAAAGCCAUGCUGGGCUUGGCUGGGCAGUCAAGGCAGGGUUAUGGGAAAGGGAAGUCGUGGGUUUUAGAACAGUGCUGAGGGAGGAAUGGAGGGGAAGGCUUGGAGAGGCAGAGGCUGGUCCUGAGGAAAGGAAGUGUAGUGGCUAAGAGAAUAGUUUUGAUUUUUUAAUUGUAUAAUAUUUUAGAAGGGAGAGUGAAAUCUUUUAACACUUUGAAUAAAUUUAGAGUUUUAUAAAAUGUG